AUGUUGCUUUGGGAAGACAUACUUAAGGAGCUGAAUGUACUGGAGUCAUCCACAUCCGACAAUAUUCAAGCCCUAAAUAAUAUUAUUCAUGAUAUUGCGAGCAUCAAGGAUAUAGAAAACCAAAUUCAAACCUCGUUGAAAAGAUUCAUCUCACUGCUUGUUGAUAUGGAGAUGUAUGUGAAAGCCGGAGGAUCUGAAAAUCAACGCAUUAUAUUGAACCGUUUUCGAGAUGUGUAUAAGGACUUGUCAGGAAACUAUCGUCACUCAAAGGCUAUUGCCGAUCGAAAGAGCACUCGAAUCGAACUCUUUUCAGGGCAUUAUGAUCAGUCGAAUAUAACUAAAGGAAUUAAGAUUAGAUCGCAAGAAGAUUCUGAGACGCAGUCUUUGUUGAAGGAAAUGACAGCAGCAAAGAAUUCUCUUCGAUUGGCAGACAGCUUUUUAGAGUUCGGUCUGCGUCUUCUUCUUACGAACGGCUUUUAG